UCUCUCUCUCUCAUACACCCAACACAUAAAGCAAGGGCCAUACAUACACAGAACGUCCACACACAAACCCUCUCACAAACAUUCUUUCUUUUUUGUUUUCCAGCUUUUGUAACCAGUUUCAAGAAAAGUGAAUUUUCUCUCUUUUUGAGGAUAACAGUUUUCUUCUUGCUUGCUAGCUCCUCUUGUACUCCAGUUUGUUGCCGCCAUGGAUACUGCUCAGUGGCCACAGGGAAUUGUGGUGAAACCAAUAGAAGAGAUAGUGACAAAUGCAUGCCCUAAGCCUGCAGCAGCAGCAGCAGUCAAUAAUUUAGAGAGGAAGGCAAGACCUCAGAAAGAACAAGCCCUAAACUGUCCAAGGUGCAACUCAACCAACACCAAAUUCUGUUACUACAACAACUACAGCCUCACACAGCCCAGGUACUUCUGCAAGACUUGUAGAAGGUACUGGACUGAAGGUGGGUCCCUCAGAAACAUCCCAGUUGGGGGGGGUUCAAGGAAGAACAAGAGAUCAUCAUCUUCUUCAGCAGUCGCUAAUUCUUCUACAACAACAUCUUCUACUUCUUCAGCAUCCAAGAGGCUUCCUGAUCUGAUACAACCCCAAAACCCAAAGAUUAAUCAAGGCCAAGAUCUAAACCUGACUUUUCCAGCCACUAAUCAAGAUUUCAGGAAUAUUAUCUCUGACCAUUUGGUUCAUCAUCAUCAACAACAUCAUCAAUUGCCCAACAACAACAACAACAUGGAAAACAGCAACAAGCAGAACCACAUUAAUAUUUCUGCUUCUUCCCCAUCUUCUACCACCACCACCACCACAUCUCACCUCUCAGCUUUGGAGCUUCUCACUGGAUUGACUUCAAGGGGUUUGAAUUCCUUCAUGCCUAUGCCAGUUCCAGACCCCAACAACAACAACAACACUGUAUAUAGCACCACAUCUGGGUUCCCUAUGCAGGAUUUCAAGCCAACACUUAAUUUUUCCCUGGAUGGGCUUGGAAGUGGAUAUGGGAGUCUGCAAGGUGUUCAAGAGAGCAGUGGGAGGCUUUUGUUCCCAUUUGAAGAUUUGAAGCAAGUUUCAAGCACUGGAGGAGGGAUUGAGCAGAACAAGGAGCAUGGAGACUCAACUGGGUAUUGGACAGGAAUGUUAGGAGGAGGAUCAUGGUAAUUAAAAUAAGAAGAUGAAAAGAAAAAAAAAAAUCAUGGGGUCUUUUUCCUUUUUCUUCUUCUUUAAUUCUGAUUUAAAACUCAUUGUUAAUCUCUCAUGGUGGGUGACUUGUUUGGAUUUCUUCAUAACUAACAGAAUAGGAUACAUGGGUUUUCUUUUAAUUA